UGCAUUCUCCUUAUCAGACACGUUUCUGAGCACAAAGCUACGGAGUGCUGCUGAGAACAAGAAAGCUUAUCCAUCCAAAUUUACAGUAAUAAAUGGAUAUGAAAAAAAAGGCAUUCUUCUAGGGAAUUCAAAAGGGCUUCUUGAAAAUUUCGAACUGCUGAGAAAUGAUUCUGUCAGCUAUGGCAGCUGCUGCUACUUCUCAAAUGGCUUCAACAAACUUGUCCAUGCUGCACUUUAAAGGAGGGGGAAAGAGGGAUUUAAGAAAGAGGAAGGUUUUGACAGUUUCAGCUCAAGAAGUUGAUGUUCAAGAGGACGUGAAGGUAGAAAAGGAAGAAGAAAAGGAGAAACAGAAACAGCAGCAAACUCUAAAGCAGCCAAGACCAGUUGAACCACAAAUGAACGUGAAAAGCAAGAACAUGGCCAGAGAAUAUGGUGGACAAUGGCUUAGCUCUGCAACAAGACAUGUUAGGAUCUAUGCAGCUUAUGUUGACCCUGAAACUAGUGAAUUUGAUCAAACACAGAUGGACAAACUCACUCUUAUUCUUGAUCCUACUGAUGAGUUCGUUUGGACUGAUGAUACUUGUAAUCAAGUUUACUCUUAUUUCCAAGAACUUGUGGAUCAUUACGAGGGUGCUGAACUAACGGAAUAUACGCUUCGUCUGAUUGGUUCAGACAUAGAGCACUUCAUACGGAAGCUACUGUAUAAAGGAGAAAUACAGUACAACAUGAAUGCAAAUGUGCUCAACUUCAGCAUGGGGAAACCACGAAUUGGCUUUAACUACAAGGAUGGACAAAUUCAAGAUGUAAACUUGUAAACGAGGGUGCUCAAAAUAUUGCCCCACAAAAUGGUCAUCCAAUGAUUUCAAAACUAAGAUAAUUCAUAUUCCUGAAAUAUGAAGACAUCCAAUUGCCAGAACAUUGAGCAGGCUUCUGGCUGCAGGACAAGACAUGCCUGAUCUGACCAAGGUUUAAGAGCUCCUUCCUGAGUCAGAUUCUGUGGCAACAGACACCAGAUGCUACAGAAGUAGAUGAAAUUGUAAGACAGAGACAACAUAUGAUGCAAAUAAAAGCAGGGCCUUUUGUAAUACUAUUGGUGCUGAUCCAAGAUGCAGAAGUCAGAUCAUCAUUUUUUUCUAGGAUCCCAUGGCAAAGAAAGGUAACUAAUUAUUUCAAUCAGAAUUAGUGGUCAUGUUUACUAAUUAGGGUAACCAUUUAUUGACAGUUCAAGCAGCCAGACAAGCAAUUCCCCUCCACCCUUGCCAAACACUAACACCAAGUCCUCCUCCCUAAACAAGAAAGGGUUAAAAAAACGAGAAUGCAACUGAUCAUUUAUGGAAUUGCAAUACAAGUUAGGCGCAAGUGGUAAAACAAUGCA